GAGGAUUUUGGGGUGAUAUAUAACUAUUCAUUGGAGUUGAAGACAACAAAUCCUCACUCUAAUGUGAUUGUUGAGUCAAAAAGGCAACACCAGAAUGAAUUGCCUACUUUUCAAAAAAUAUACAUAUGCUUGGCAGCUAUUAGAGAGGGAUUCCUUGGUGGUUGUAGGAGGAUCAUAGGAUUAGAUGGGUGUUUCUAAAAGGUUUGCUAAAGGGGAAAUUAUUGGUGGCCGUUGGACGAGAUGGUAACAACUAGAUGUUUCCAAUUGCAUGGGCAGUUGUACAGGUAGCAACAAGCGAGACAUGGUCUUGGUUUGUUGAUUUACUGAAAUCUGAUCUUGGUCUUGUUGAUGGGCUUGGAUGGGCAUUGGUCAGUGACAUGCAAAAGGGUUUAAUCUAUGCUGUAAAAGAUCUUCUACCCAUGAUUAAGCACAGGAUGUGUGCAAGACACAUUUACGCAAGAUGGAGGAAAAACACUAUGGCAAGGAGCUUCAAAUUAAAUUUUGGAGCAUUUAUAGGUGUACUAACCAGCCCGAGAUGCACAAACAGUUGGAUCCAGAUGACUACACUUAAAGGAGGAGAGACUGCUGUGGAAGAAUUGCUAAAGAAAUGGCCAAUUUCAGGUUGGUGUCAAGCCUUUUUUAAUGAUUUUGUCAAAUGUGAGGUAAUUAAUAAUAAUAUGUGUGAAACAUUUAAUGGUGUCAUUCUUGAAUCUAGAAGUAAAUCAAUCAUUAGUAUGUUAGAGGAUAUUAGACAAUAUGUCAUGACAAGGAUAGCUAUCAAAAGAGAGUAUACUAAAAAAUGGAGGUGUGAUUGUGGGCCUAGUAUAAUCCCCAAGAUUGAAAAAGAAAGGCAAAAGAGUGCUAAAUGGCAGGUUGAAUGGAAUGGGGGUGCAUCCCAUGAGGUGUAUUGGGAUAAUUUGAUACUAAAUGAAAGAGAAGGGUAUGUUGUUCUGCUGGCAGACGAGAUGUGCUCAUGUGGAAAAUGGCAGAAAAGUAGCAUUCCUUGCCAACACUCACUAGCUACAAUUGCUUUUGUUGGAGCAGAUCCACUCAAUUAUGUCUCUGAUUGGCUUAAGAAAGAUAGGUACCUAAAGGCAUAUAGCUUUGUUCUUAACCCAGUGAGAGGUAGAUCAUUCUGGCCAAUAAGUGUAGAAGGGUCCUUGUUGCCUCCUAUGGCGAGAAGGAUGCCUGGUAGACCUGUAAAAAAAAGAAAGAGGAAGCCAUUGGAAAGCAAAAGCAAGAGCAAGACAAAAUUAUCCAGGGAAGGAAGGGCAUUCAAGUACAGCAUAUGCCAUGUAGAAGGGCACAACAAGUUAAGUUGUCCAAAAAGAGCAUCUUUCUUUAUUGACAGUAAUGAUAGUAAUCAUGAACCAACAAAACCUACUAAUGUUAGUUUAGGCGGAGAGGGUGCUUGCACUGAUGGAAUUGUUAUUGGAAGGGAAGCUCCCAAGUCCACUGCAUUUAUUUCUCCUAGUGAACUUAUUAGGAUGGGGAAUAGAGGGGCCACUCAUGGUCAACAACAAAAGCAAAAUGAACAAAGUCAGUCUGCAGAAUUCACUACUUCAAAAUUAUCAACACAACAAAGCAUAACAGCUGUUGCAACUAAAGAAAAAUUCUGA